UAAGUCAUUGAUUUCACGCGAUUACGCGUAUGUCCGCACCCCGUUGCCUCCGUAUAUGCAUAUACACGUAUUUUCUGUCGACGUUGGAGCGGCGGCGGCAGCGGCGGUGGCGAUGGUCACGUGGAGACAUACGCUUACGUAAUAUUUCACGAGGAAUUAUGUGAUAGUGUAGACGCGUGCCCGCAGGCGCUGCCACACCCCCUCUUCUCUUGUCUUUCUUUUUUGUUCCUAUUCUUUUGCAAUCCAAUAAUCGAACGAACAGUCGUCUUUUUUACCACUGCGCGAUGCGCAAACUUGACCAGUUCGAUUCCAGCUGAUGCACGACGAGGGUGUCGAAGUGGAUGAGAGCGCAAAGAUGGAGACUCAAAGUCUACAGUCGCAGUUCAGAUACGAUUACUAUAUUGUCAGAACUGAUACUUUAACUGGGAGCAGGUGGUUGUUUACAAUGGCCUCGACCGAUCGUUUUCUGUCUGCUAGUUGUCAAUAUCGACAGCAACAAAAGCAGCUUUGAGUCGUUCGGCGUUAAAACAAACGAGUUUGUGGGAAAGACAGUAACUAAGAAACAGCAAGACAUAAUAAACUCAAGCUAUAAUGACUGAGUACUGGCUAAUUUCUGCACCAGGUGACAAGACCUGUCAGCAAACAUGGGAUACAAUGAACAACCUAACAUCCAAACAAAAUUCAUUGUCAGUCAACUAUAAGUUUCAUAUACCAGACCUUAAAGUUGGUACGUUAGAUCAAUUGGUAGGCCUCUCGGAUGACCUGGGUAAGCUCGAUGCAUACGUCGAGCAGAUCACACGCAAGGUAGCAUGUUAUUUAGGAGAAGUUUUAGAAGAUCAGAGGGACAAGCUGCACGAGAACCUGAUGGCCAACAACAGUCAGACGUCAGUGGACGGCGAGGCAGGCGAGAGUACGGAGGGGGGUCCGGACACCCCACCCAACACACCGGUGACGCCGUGCAAGCCCGGCCAUGUGGCGGCGGGGAGCUGCUCCGGCAAGGACCAACGCCAGCACCACUGGAACCGCGGCGAACCGCCCGACAGCCCGGAGCCGCCGUGCCUAGGUCAGCAGCAGCACCACCAACAUCGGCAUCCGCCCUCCUCCUCCUCGUCCGCCGUCUCCUCUUCCCACCAUCAUCAGCAUCAUCAUCAUCAGCAGCGGGACGCCAGUCCCAGCCAGCGUCAGCAUCGCCACUCGUCUCACCACCACCAUCACCAUCGUCACCCGCACUCGCAUUGCCAUCAGCCUCACCACCAUGAUCGGCCUCGCCAUCACCACGAAAAGAAGUCGUCGUCGUCGUCGCAGGGCGCCGACUCGUCGUCGUACUCGUGCUACCAGGUGCCCUCGGCCUGGUGCACCUCGGGCGGCUCCUCGAGCCCGAGCUCGCCCUCGCGCUCCUCCUCGGGCGGCAACGCCGGCUCCUCCUCGUGCUGCAGCAGCACCGAAGAUGACUCGCCGCACGAUCCAGAGGAGACCACGAUCGAGCACGAGCCCAGCAAGUCGCGCCCGCGCAGGCGGCUGCAUCGCCGGCCCAGGCGGCGCCGCCGGCGCAUCGAUCACGACACGCCAUCGCCGCAGCGGCAGCACACGGAGGAGGAGCAAGACGAGCAUGAGCCCGAAGAGGAUGACCCGACAGCCACCGGCAAACUGCCCAAUCCAGGUGAUCUGCCGACAUACGUAACACGUUUCCAAUGGGACAUGGCCAAAUAUCCGAUCAAGCAAUCCCUCAGAAAUAUCGCGGAUAUCAUCAACAAACAAGUCGGUCAGAUUGACGCUGAUCUCAAGACCAAAUCCACUACUUACAAUAAUCUCAAGGGCAGCUUGCAGAACCUCGAGAAGAAACAGACGGGAAGCCUACUAACUAGAAAUCUUGCGGAUCUUGUCAAGAAGGAACAUUUCAUUCUAGAUAGCGAAUAUCUUGCCACGCUCCUCGUUAUUGUACCCAGAGCUGGUAUUCAAGACUGGCACGCCAUGUACGAGAAGUUGACAGACAUGAUAGUGCCACGCAGCUCGCAAAUGAUAACUCAAGAUCAAGAGUACGCCUUGUUCACCGUCACUCUCUUCAAAAAGGUCAUCGAGGAGUUCAAACUGCACGCGCGCGAGAAGAAAUUCAUCGUGCGCGACUUCGAGUACAACGAGGAAGCCCUCGCAGCUGGCAAAAAUGAAUUAACCAAGCUGGCGACGGACAAGAAGAAGCAAUUCGGUCCGUUGGUGCGGUGGCUGAAGGUUAAUUUCAGCGAGUGCUUCUGCGCCUGGAUUCACGUGAAGGCGCUGCGCGUCUUUGUCGAGUCGGUGCUGAGAUACGGUUUGCCCGUCAAUUUCCAGGCGAUUUUAUUGCGCCCCAACAAGAAGAGCACAAAGCGUUUGCGCGACGUACUCAACCAACUCUACGCCCAUCUCGAUUCCUCGGCUACCGCUGGCGGUUCGGGUGGCAAUCAAGACAGCGUGGACAUACCAGGGUUGGGCUUUGGUCAGAGCGACUAUUUUCCUUAUGUCUACUACAAGAUAAACGUAGACAUGGUCGACAAUAAAGUUUAGUUUGAUUAUCGACGGAAUGAUAUAAUCAUUGUACGUACACAUCUAGCGCACACUCGACAUCUCCGGCUCAUAUAACAACAAAAUAUCGCUCUAGAUGCAUACGAAAGAAAAAAAACUUCGAAACUUCCUCAGUUGUUCGAAUUAAACGUACUUUUUUCAGCGUUAUAAUCUUCAUACCGAUCAGUCUCUAUAAUUGGUACAACUCUUCCAAGUGCAUAACUUUGGCGUGUCACGGAUUGCUGGCUGUUCUACUGCUGCUUUCUCAUGUGCGAGUCUUUGUUAGAUAUUGAGAAGCGAAUAUUUUUAUAGUGAAUACAGAGAAAGAGAAACGGUUCUACAUGAUUCCCGAAUUCUCGAAAGUGAUGCAUGGUGAAUUUUUUGCGAGUGAUUUAUCGACUAAAUCGGUGAAAAAAUGUCGCUAACCUUUGUUGUUCUUUUUAACUAACUUUUUCCUAAUUCCAAUUGAUAUAGCAAUAUUGAUCCAGCUUUAAAAUUCUUAUAAAUGUAUAUGGUUCUUAUUUUUAAACGAAGUUUCAUAUAGCUUCGGGAUGUUUUUUACAACGAUGAAUUUUAAAUGAAACAUUUUUUCACCGACAAAUGUACACUCCUUGUACAUAAGUUUAGUGCAAGUUUUGCCACAAAGGACUUGCACGCAUUACCUUAGUUUGAUUGCUGCGUGCACAUAUUUCACCAAAGGCUCCACAUAAUUGAAUGAUAAAAUAAGUAAUACAAAAUGAUUUAUAAAAAAAUGUACAAUUUUCGACUAAAAGAAAAACGACAGAACUGUUCAAUAAUAAACUACUAAGACAGAUGUUGUUAAAUUUUGCUUGGAAUUUAGAAGCUUUCAAAACACAAUCUAGGAAAUAUUUUUUUGAGAGUCGUUGCAAAUGCCCGUUUUUAUGAUAUAUUCUAUAUUAAAAAAAAUGCAACUGACAACUCAAUCACUUUUAUUGAUGUGUACAAAAUAUGGAAGAAAUAUGGUAAAAAUAUAAAGUUUUGAAGCCUUUUAAAAUAUUUCUCAGAAAGUAUUUAAAGUAGAAAAGAUUUUUUUCUUUAAUUUAAGCAAUGUCUUGUAUUUCGCCAACCAUGAGUACUAGACGACUUAGUUCCACAAGAUAAAGUGGAAAAAGUAAGAUUUCCUAAACGAUAUUCAUUUAAAACUACAUCGCCAUCUGAACAUAAUAAAAAAAAGAAAAGUAUUAUACUGUUAAUGAAUGGAGGAUAACUCAAUGUUAUUCAUGUGGAUCAAUUUUAAUUUAUAAUAAGUAUGCAAUAUUUUUUAUUCCAUUAUGAUUGUUUUAAUUAUUUGUUUUUUUUUUUGUAUUUUUAAAUUAAAAAAAAAAAAUUAUUGAAUAAACCUUCAUUACUAUCUUAACGAUUUUUUGUGAAUAUCGUUUUUAAUUAUGUAAAAAAUGAAGCAAAAUGAAUAAUUUAAAAAAGUUACAAAAUCGAACUGUUGUAAUUUGUAGAUA